GACGGCACCAAGGAGCAGCGCGACUGCGCGGCGCGCGUGUGGAAGCACGGGGUGGACCAUGUGCUGCCGGGCGCGGAGGAACCCGGCGCGACGGCUCCUGGCAGCCAGGCGUUGCAGCGGCUGGGCGGGCUCCGCGGGCGCUGCGCCGCCGCGGCCGAAGACGGCACGUGGCUCGACAUUCCGCGGCUGCAGGAGCUCGCCGUGUGCGUGCGGCUUCCCGGCGGGCGCGAGUUGGUGCUUGAGCAGGACGGGUUCUUGCGGGCCUUCGACAUGGCGACGGUGCUGUGGCCGGCUGGCUUCUUCCUCAUGCUGUGGGCGUCCAACAAUUGUCCGCUCUUGGAGGGCCGGCGCGUGCUCGAGCUCGGCGCCGGCGUGGGCGGGCCCUCGGUCGUGGCCGCGGGCGUCUGCGGGGCCGCGCGGGCGCUGGCCACCGACGCCGCGGCGCACGGGCUCGCCAACGUGCGCACCAACGCGCGGAUCAACGGGGCCGCCGUGCUCACGCAGCUCUGCUCG